CUUGUUGGGGGCCAGUUUGACUUGGAAAUGAACUUUAUCAUCCAAGAAGGAGAGGGCAUCACCUCCAUGGUGGACUUACUGGAUAAGUGUGAUAUCACCUGCCAGGCUGAGGUUUGGAGCAUGUUUACAGCAAUACUGAAGAAAAGCAUACGGAAUCUCCAGGUCUGCACAGAAGUGGGGCUUGUGGAACAAGUGCUCAGGAGGAUUGAUAGAGCUGAAAACAUGAUUGCAGAUCUCUUAGUGGACAUGCUGGGUGUGUUGGCUAGCUAUAACCUGACAGUUCGAGAGCUGAAGUUAUUCUUCAGCAAGCUGCAAGGAGAAAAAGGGAGAUGG